UAGAACAAUAGAAAGCUCAAUGGCAAGCUGAGACAUGGCAAAAAAUUUCUAUGAUUAAUAAGAAAAAUAGGCAAUCUCAAGUUGGACACAAUGUGCAUAGUGGAGGAUCCAUAACUGCGAGAGAACAUGUCAAAAAAAUGAGGGUGGAAUUGAAUAGAGAACCAACCAAUUUUGAGGUUUACGAGCGACAUCAUAGGCCAAAAGGGAAACCAGAUGAGUGGUUUAAUGAAAAACAGGCAAAGAUAGCUGAAAUGUACCAAACUCUAAUGUUUGAGAAACAAUCUCAUAAUGGCGAGGGUAGUAGCCAACUGUCUGAUAAUAGUAUAUACAUGGAAGUUGUUGGAGGCAUAAACAAGAAAGGACGCAUAUUUGGAUUAGGAUCUCAAGCUGCAACAAUCAAAGCAUUCAUAAAAUCAUCGUCUACAGAUUGUGAUGUAUCAUCAGAAAAAGUUGUUGCUAUGGAAGCUAAGAUUGAAGCUUUAACGAUUGAACUUGAACAAAAGAAUCUUGAACAAGAAAUUAUUCAAAAAAAGAUGGCGCAUUGGGAGCGGAUGUUUGAGAGUAUUAUGCCUCAUUGUAAUCAAAAUUCUACACUUCAAUCAGAAGGAGAAGGUGAUAAUGGAAAUGAAGAUAUUGGUGAUGAUAUGGAUGAUAACCUUAUGCACUGAUUACUUCCAUUUAGAUAUUUUGUUAAAUCAAAUAUUAUUUGUUAUGUUUUGAACAAAUUGAAAGAUUGAUUGCAUGUAGUGUAUUGUUAA